AUGUCGAUAUCCGCGCGGUAUGCCCAGUAUCUGGUGUUCGCUGUCGUGGGAUUGAGCUUCUUCUACCUCAUCUCGCGAUCCUCCUUCCACCUCCCCAGCAGCGCCUCAUUUCCUCGCCCCGAUCCCUCAUAUGAAGAUUUCAAGUCGCACCAGCCACAAAAUUUUGGUACCAACAGCAGCGAGCGGGUGAAUGCCACCUUUGUCACCCUCGCCCGCAACUCCGACAUCUGGGAUAUCGCCAAGUCCAUCCGGACCGUGGAGGACCGCUUCAACCGCAACUACAACUAUGACUGGGUCUUCCUGAACGACAAGGAAUUUAGCGAUGACUUCAAGAAGCUCACCACUUCGCUCGUCUCCGGCACUACGCAUUAUGGCAAGAUCCCGGAGGAACACUGGUCCUAUCCGGAGUGGAUUGACCAGGACAAGGCGAGGGAGGCGCGAGAGGAGAUGGGUCGCAAGAAGAUCAUCUAUGGUGACUCGGAGAGCUAUCGCCACAUGUGCCGCUACGAGUCGGGCUUCUUCUUCCGCCACCCGCUGAUGAUGAACUAUGAGUACUACUGGCGCGUGGAACCGAGCAUCGAGCUCUUCUGUGACAUCGGCCACGACCCGUUCCGCUUCAUGAAGGAGAACAACAAGAAGUACAGUUUCGUGAUUAGUCUGUACGAAUACUACGAGACUAUUCCCACAUUGUGGGACAGUGUGAAGAAGUUCUUGAAGAGCCAUCCCGAGCACAUCCCGAGUGGCAAUGCCAUGGAGUUUAUCAGUGAGGACGGCGGUGAGACCUACAACAAGUGCCACUUCUGGUCCAACUUUGAGAUCGGCAGCUUAGAGUGGCUGCGAUCCAAGUCGUACAUCGACUACUUCUCCUCCCUGGACCAGGAUGGUGGCUUCUUCUACGAGCGAUGGGGCGAUGCGCCCGUCCACUCCAUCGCCGCUGCCACCAUGCUCAAGAAAGAGCAAAUCCAUUUCUUCAACGAGAUCGCCUACUACCACGUGCCCUUCACCCACUGCCCGAGCGAUGAGCAGACAAGGCUAGACCUGCGCUGCCAUUGCAAGCCCGAAGAGAACUUUGACUGGAAGGGCUAUUCUUGCACCAACCGGUGGUUCAAGGUGAACGACCUGCAAAAGCCGGAUGGCUGGGACAAGGAAGAUUGA